GAAAGUGGUGCAGCGUCGUAUGCAGCUCAUACGCUGCUACUACUACUGCUACUACUACUACUACUACCCCAUGGCACACCGACAACAGCAGCCGUCGAACAACAGCUGCCGCUCCUCAUAAUAUUAAGGACAGCAAGCCGGGUGGCUGGCCAUUCGAGGGUAGUAAGCGGGCUAGAUAACUCGGAAGCAGUUGUACAGUGGCGGAGACUGUAGAGCGCUAGCGGAAGCACACAUCGGGCCCCCUUGGUGCGCUUGCUGCUCCCCUCCCCUGGACAGACGUUGAUGCUUCGCUACCACACGGCCGUGCUGUUGAUUGCCAGUCUGCAACUAGUUUUCGUGAAUGUACCGUGCCGUUCUUUUGUUGGAGCUGUUCAGUGAAGUGUGUUGUGUCGUAAAACCGUAAUGGGUGGUAGUUAACAAAGUGCCUGUAGUUUUUUUGUAAAUGUUGCUUUUUGUGACUUAGUGCUAGUGUUCGACGAUAAUUUGCCUAUGGCUCGGUAUUUUAGAUCGACUCGACGGUAACGGCAUCAAGCUGCUACUGAAUCCCUAUUGACGCUACCAUGUCUUGGAUAAGAUUCUCUCUAGUCGGCCUUGUAUUGGUCUUACAACAGGCGGAUUCCUCAGGCAUUUUCGAAUUGAGACUGAAAUCUUUUGACAAUGAUGCCGGCAAAGAGGAUUUCGGUAAAUGUUGUACUGGAAAAAUGAAAAAUUCGGAAUGCAUCGGAACAUGUCAACCACAAUUUAGAAUAUGUCUCAAAGAAUAUCAAGUGGUGGUCGAUCUGAAAGGACCGUGCACUUUUGGGGAAGUCAUAACUCCUGUGUAUCUGGCGAACCAACGGACGGAAUCUCAGGAUGGUUUUGAUAGCCCCAUAAGAUUUCCUUUCCCCUUUACGUGGCCGGGUACAUUUUCUCUUAUUGUACAAGCAUAUCAUGGAAACCUGACAACGCACAACGAAGUUUUGGUUACCACCCUUAUUAGACAACGAUAUUUACAAGUGAGUGACGAGUGGACCGAAGACAAUCACACUUCGAAAUAUUCCACUUUGCGUAUAGAAUACAGGGUAACCUGUGAGCCAUAUUACUACGGCAAGGGAUGUGAGACAGUAUGUCGGCCUAGGGACGACAGCUUCGGCCAUUUUACUUGCUCUCCCACGGGUGAACGUGUCUGUUUGUCUGGCUGGACCGGCGAUUACUGCACUACACCCCGUUGUUUACCAGGCUGUGAUGAGCAACAUGGUCAUUGUUCGAAACCAAACGAGUGCAGAUGCCAGUCAGGAUGGGAAGGUCCAUUAUGCAAUCAAUGUCAACGUUAUCCAGGCUGCAUGCACGGAACCUGUGUUAAGCCGUGGGAUUGUCUUUGCGAUGAAGGAUGGGGAGGCCUUUUCUGUAAUCAGGAUUUGAAUUUUUGCACCAACCACAAACCUUGUCGUAAUGGUGGCACCUGCUUCAACACCGGACAAGGCAGCUACACUUGCAGCUGUGCACCGGGUUUUACAGGCACCGCAUGCGAAAUAGCGAUCUACGAUUGCCAGAACAGCCCCUGUUUGAACGAUGGAACUUGUACAAAAAACGGCACGUACCAUACUUGCGUGUGUCCUAAAGGCUUCCACGGUCCUCACUGCGAAACUUCCGUACAAACUUGUAGUGACAACCCUUGCCAUAAUGGUGGUACUUGUACAGAAACGGAAAUGGGUCACAAAUGCGAGUGCCUUCCUGGAUAUAGCGGCCAGGACUGUGAGCUUCAAGUAAACGAUUGCAUCUCCAAUCCAUGCAUGAAUGAUGGAAGUUGCUUCGAUGACAUCGACGGCUUUAAAUGCAUCUGCCUCUCAGGAUUCAGUGGGAAGAGGUGUGAAACAAACAUAGACGAUUGUUUGGGAAAUCCUUGCUUAAAUGGUGGGACCUGCGUGGACAAAGUGAACGAGUUUCGGUGCCAAUGCGUGCCAGGAUUCGUAGGUCCGCUUUGCCAAACUCGCGUCGAUUAUUGCCUUGCGAAGCCGUGUGCGAACGGUGGAACUUGCAUAAAAUUGACUAAUGACUAUAAGUGUAAGUGUGCGCCUGGUUUCGCAGGUAAAGACUGUAGCGAACAAAUUGACGAAUGCCAGUCGCGGCCAUGUCAAAACGGCGGUAGUUGUGUGAAUCGCGUACACGGAUUCGAAUGUCAGUGCACGACGAAUUUUAUGGGACGGACUUGUGACGAAUCCGUGACUAGUGCGGCUCCUAGCGCAAGGGUGUCAUCUGACUCGAACCUUACUACAGAACAUGUGGUAGUGAUCGCGACCAUUUCGACUUUCGUGCCACUUCUAGUGUUAAUCGCGGUAGGCGUCAUCAUCUGCUUAAAACAACGAAGGAAGCGAGAAAAAGCUCGAGCGGAUGAAGAAGCUCGCUUGCAAAAUGAACAGAAUACAGCUCAUAGUAGUUUUUCAAAACGUGGAAGUAAUAUCGUUACCGAUACGCACAUAAUUAAAAACUCUUGGGGAAAGUGCACAAACAACGUUGUCAGUGCGUCUAAUCUCCCUUCUCCUGAUGACUGUAGUGUCUCUAACGUGAGUGUCAGUGAGAGCGACUGCUUCUCAAAGCCGCUGCACCAUCAGAUCAUCGAUGGGAGGCCUGUUUAUACUUUGCAGAGGUCCCGUUCUCAAAAACAACUGAACACAGAACACGGGCCUCGUACUGCAGCCGCUUCUGUGUUACUUGCUGCCAAACUGCAGCACGAACCCGAAUACGAACACAUCAAGCGUAUGUCUGUGAUGUCAAAUUCCUCGGCUGUGUGUGGAGUGAGCGAUCCGUCCCUGUUAAAGAGGUCGGUGGAGAAGGAACCCAAUGUUGGGGUUUAUGUGAUAGGAGAACAUUUCCACCGAGCAGGUGCGAUAUCGCCUGGCCUUUUCGCAACCGAGGUGUAAAUACGAAGGAUGAUAUUUACGUUGUUGUGCGUCUGAGCUGAGUGCAUGAAUAUGUGUUGAAUCCGUUCACAUCAUAGGUCGGAGCCACGCUUUGUACAGUUAUUUAUUAAAUAUCUCAGCUCCGGCAGCUGAUGCGGUUAGGAUCGCAAACUUAUUAUUUAUUUCGCUUGCGUACUUAACUUGUAGGACACGACAGUACAACGCACGAUGUCCUCCAGGGGUUUCUGCGUGCUCGCGAUACCGCUCUGGAAAACGCCAACCAAGACCAGAUCUUUCCCACUAAUGGUAAUAGUUUGUUUGUAUAUAGUUUAGUUAUAAUAAUUCGAUAUUUCCAUGCAUUUUGACCAUUGAUGGGGGAUCUAGGUUAGGAACCAAAGAUUUGGCGGAACUAAGAGCCUGUCUUGCGAGGAGGCAAAACGUCCAGUAGGUAACUAAAAUUUGCAUGUUGUAAGUAAAAACGAUCGAUUUCGAAGACGAGGGCAUGCUAUACGAUAAGGCGUCAUGUUUAUAUUUAUCAUUUAUGUGAUCAACUUAACUAAAACUAAGUCAGAAUCAACUACUUAAAGGACUACUUUUCCCAGUAUUUGUAUUAUUAUGUUAGAUUACCUACGUCCACCGUAAUAUGAAUGUGACGGAAGACGAUUCUUUUCGCCAUUUUUUUUUUGCUAAAAGAAUCAUCUCCAUCACCAACGGCGGAAGCGACUGAUGUAUGUGUAGUGUAAAUUUAAAUUAGUUUAAGUAUAGUUUUUAAGAAUAUAUCUUUGAACAAAGAUAAUAUGUUCCUGUAAUAUUAUAACUAAGUCAUUUCGAAAGGCCAUUCACGGCACUAUCGAUUCUUCCUUCGAAUGGCGUUUCGGUAUUGCCAAAAAUGGCCCAUACUACACUUGUUGUAAUACUUAAUCACGUCGACAAGUUUACCGCAAAGCUUGUCUAAUAAAAGACCUUUUGUAAGAUAUUGAUGUAUAUUUAUAGUGAGAAAAAAUGCAAACUUUAUGUCAUUAUUAUAAUACCGAUUAUUAUAAUUGUUCAUGUUUCUUCAUGCAGUCUUAUAUUGA